ACCCAGCCCAUUUGAUCAACUACUUCAUUCCUCCCAAAAACAGUGAAAAAGGAAUUCAAAUUUCUCCCACUCAGCACGCCUUAGUCCCUUUCAUUUUCACCAACUUAUAAACCCUAAAACCUCACUGUCUUGUUCCUCCAGGCUUCAUUUCCUCUCUCAAGCUCUGGAAGUUCAAAAGUCAUGUUUUCUCCUGGAAUUAAGAGGACGCAUCUCAGCUCGCGAAAGGAUCGUAAUCUAGGGCACAAAGCACCUGAUUCUCCGAUCACACCGCUACAGGAGAGCCGUAAAUCUCUUCAAGAUAAUUCGAUUCCUAACAGGCCUAGCACCGGUACUCCUGCUCCUUGGGCUCCUCGCCUUUCUGUUCUUGCCCGAAUCCCACCAGCAAACAAAAGUGAUAAAGGGAAUGAGGCAGAUCCAAUUAAACCUGUAUAUGUUGGAGAGUUCCCCCAAUUAGUUCGUGCUGAACAGGCUAGCUUUCUGCAGAAGCAUAUUCCUGGCGAUGGAUGUAUAUCUGGUGGAAUGGAUAAGGAAACAUGCCUUUCUUGGGUUAUCUGUGGAAACAGACUCUUCAUAUGGAGUUACUUAUCAUCUGUGGCUUCAAAAGAUUGCAUUGUUCUUGAACUUCCUUCAAAUGUUUCAGAUGGUAGAGAUAAUGGAAAAAGUCUAUAUGAGGGUAGCAAUUGGAUGCUUUGUGUUGUCAACUGGGAUAAAUCCUGCAAGGGAAGAAAAAAAGUUGUACCCAGUUACUAUUCUGCUGGUAUUGUAAUGUGUAACCAAAAAACUCAAGUUGUCAUCUACUGGCCUGACAUCUAUUCUGAAGAGGGAUCUAUUCCUGUUAUCUGUCAAUUAUCUGCUGAUGAAUUGGAGGCAACUUCUUCCUCUGUUGAUGGAAAGACCACCACAAACAGGCAGCAACAGCAUAACAGGACUGGAAGUAGUUCAAUUGGAUUGAAUUAUUUUAACUCUUUGAUUGCUUCGCCAGUGCCUGGUCUCCAGAAUGUGUGUGUUGCUUUGGUUUGUAGUUCCAAAGGUGAGCUGUGGCAAUUUUAUUGCAGCCCCACUGGCAUUAGACGCAGUAAAUUAUAUCAGGACGAAGUAAGUUCAUCCUUCAAAGGAAAUGAUAAUGGUCAAUUUGUGGGGAGCAAAGGUUAUCCAAGGUCCCUUAUCUGGCAUUCUUCUCUUCAUUCCAUGGAUGAUUCUAGUAGGCAGUUUCUUCUAUUGACUGAUCAUGAGAUACAAUGCUUUAGUAUUGCAUUUCGUCCUGAUUUAAAUGUGUCAAAGCUCUGGUCUCAUGAAAUUGUUGGUACUGAUGGAGAUUCAGGCAUUAAAAAGGAUUUGGCUGGUCAGAAACGCAUCUGGCCAUUGGAUGUGCAUGUGGAUGAUCAAGGUAAAGUGAUCACAGUUCUUGUUGCCACAUUUUGUAAGGAUAGGGUUAGUGGUUCAAGCUAUACACAGUAUUCUCUGCUGACCAUGCAAUGUAAGUCUAGAGUAAACAUUUCCUCUGAUAUGCAUGAAAAGGUUUUGGAGAAAAAGGCUCCAAUUCAAGUGAUAAUCCCAAAAGCAAGACUAGAAGAUGAGGAUUUCUUAUUCUCAAUGAGACUUAGGGUAGGAGGCAGGCCAUCAGGAUCAGCAAUCAUACUUUCUGGUGAUGGAACGGCUACAGUAUCCCAUUAUUAUAGGAAUUCAACCCGUCUCUAUCAGUUUGAUCUCCCUUAUGAUGCUGGAAAAGUUCUGGAUGCAUCAGUUCUUCCUUCUGCUGAUGAUGGUGAAGAUGGUGCAUGGGUUGUGUUAACUGAGAAGGCAGGGAUAUGGGCAAUACCCGAAAAAGCUGUUGUGCUUGGUGGAGUUGAACCACCUGAGAGAAGCUUGUCACGUAAAGGGAGCUCAAAUGAAGAAUCUGCAGAAGAAGAGAGAAGAAACAUCACAUUUGCAAGCAACAUUGCUCCUAGAAGAGCUAGUUCUGAUGCGUGGGAUGCUGGUGGUAGACAAAGGGCUGUUAUUACUGGAAUUGCUCACCGAUCUGCUGGUGAUGAAGAAUCAGAAGCUUUACUUGGUCAGCUUUUCCAUGAUUUUCUGUUAACUGGGCAGGUAGAUUCCUCAUUCCAAAAGCUUCAAAACUCUGGGGCAUUUGAAAGGGAUGGAGAAACAAAUGUUUUUGCCCGGACAAGCAAAUCUAUUGUUGACACCUUAGCUAAACACUGGACAACUACCAGAGGUGCUGAAAUUGUGGCUCUGACCAUAGUAUCCAGCCAACUAAUAGAGAAGCAGCAAAAGCAUGAAAGAUUUCUUCAGUUUCUUGCUUUAUCCAAGUGUCAUGAGGAGCUAUGUACAAAACAGACAGGACAGUCUUUGCAAAUAGUCUUGGAACAUGGUGAAAAGCUUGCCGGAAUGAUUCAACUGAGAGAACUGCAAAAUGUGAUCAGCCAGAACCAUUCAAUUGCAGCUGGCUCCCCACAUUCUAGUUCAGAAGCUCAAAUUUCAGGAGCUCUUUGGGAUCUUAUUCAGUUAGUUGGUGAAAGAGCCCGUCGGAGCACUGUUCUUCUUAUGGACAGAGACAAUGCUGAAGUGUUCUACAGUAAGGUUUCUGAUAUUGAAGAAGUAUUUUAUUGCUUAGACAAACACUUAGAGUAUGUAGUAAGUGAGGAACAACCACUAGAGGUUCAGAUCCGGAGAGCUUGUGAACUCUCAAAUGCAGUUGUCUCUGUGUUUCACACUGCUGCACUUUACAGAAAUGAGCAUCACAUAUGGUAUCCACCGCCUGAGGGCCUAACACCUUGGUGUUGUAAACCUGUGGUGCGGAAUGGACUGUGGAGAGUUGCAUCUUUCAUGCUCCAGUUGCUAAAUGAAACCACUGGACUAAAAGAUUCUAUAAAAUCUGAUCUGUAUAGUCAUCUGGAAGUACUGGCUGAAGUUCUUCUUGAGGCAUAUGCUGGCGCUAUUACAGCUAAACUUGAGUGUGGAGAAGAACAUAAAGGUCUGCUUAAAGAGUAUUGGAAUAGGAGGGAUUCUCUUCUUGACUGCCUCUAUCAAAAACUGAAAGAUUUUGUGGAAGGCGCGCACCAGGGUUUGAAUAUAGGAACCAAUGAACAAAAUGGGGAAGUCCUUAGAAAGCUUUCUUCAACUUUGCUGUCCAUUGCAAAAAAGCAUGAAGGGUACAACACUAUGUGGAGUAUAUGUUGUGACCUCAAUGAUGCAGUAUUGCUGAGAAAUCUUAUGCAUGAGAGCAUGGGGCCUAAGGGAGGUUUCAGUUUUUUUGCAUUUAAACAACUGUAUGAAAAGCGGCAAUUUUCCAAGCUUCUACGGCUUGGGGAGGAGUUCCAGGAAGAGUUAUCUAUUUUUUUAAAACAUCAUCAGGAUCUGCUUUGGCUUCAUGAGUUGUUUCUUCAUCAGUUUUCCUCAGCUUCUGAAGCUCUUCAUGCUUUGGCUGUUUCUCAAGAUGAACACUCUUUUUCUGAAGCUGAAGAGGGUGAAGACCCUGAGCACACUGGUAUGAUAUCAACACUAGCAGAUAGAAAGCGUCUUUUGAACCUCUCAAGGAUUGCUGCCAUGGCAGCAGGUAAAGAUGCUGGUUCUGGGGCAAAGGUUAUGCGCAUUGAUGCAGAUUUGAAGAUUUUGAAAUUGCAGGAAGAAAUUGUGAAGGUCCUUCAGGCGAAUGGAGAAGAAAUAUAUGAUGGACGGCAGCUGUUCCGUCCGGAUGAGCUCAUAGAUCUAUGCCUUAAAUCAGAUAACCCAGAACUAGCAUUGCUAGCUUUUGAUGUGUUGGCAUGGACAAGCUCCUCAUUUCGUAGAAGCCAUAGAAACCUUCUGGAGGAGUGUUGGAAGAAUGCUGCUGAUCAGGAUGAUUGGGGAAAACUUCAUCAAGCAUCUUUAGACGAAGGGUGGAGUGACGAGGAAACCCUGCAGCAACUGAAAGACACUGUGCUUUUCCAGGCAGCAAGCAGGUGUUAUGGGCCACAAGCAGAAACUAUAGAAGAAGGUUUUGAAGAAGUGUUGUCAUUGAGGAAAGAAAACUCGGAGGGGUCGCCGAUGAAGGAUUUGGAUUUUUCUGUAGAAGCAAUUUUGAUGCAGCACAAAGAUUUUCCAGAUGCAGGGAAGCUAAUGCUGACUGCUAUCAUGUUAGGUAGUGUACAGGAUGAUAUAAAAGUAGAAGAGGGCCCUUCUCCAAUGGAAUGAGAUGGAUUACUUUCUGGAAUUUUCUUGUGAACUAUUAGUGAUGUGUAGUGUAGCAGAGUGUUCUUUUAUAUGCAAUGCAAUUCACCUGCACGAUAACACUCACCUCUUGCAGUGAAUCCUGCAGCACUUGGAAAAUGAAAUAUGAGAAUUCGUUUUUGUGGAAAA